GGCACCCACAUUCUAACACAUUAGUCAAAAUGGGGCUUAGUAUGAACAUGGGAUUGAGUCGACACAUUAAUUUCAAUAAUGGGAGAAACGUUACAUGCACUGUCACCAACUCAGCAUUUGCGGCUCCGGAUUCCUUGUACCCAGCCUUCCAUUUUUGCCUAUAAAACAGUUAUCAACGUUGGAUCAUUCUCAAAAUUGUGAAACAUCAAUUAGUAGAGAGAAAAAGAGCAGGCUGAGAGAAGAGGAGAAAAAAAAAUGAAGUCCAAGUGCUUUGUCUUGAUCAAUCUUUUGGUUUUACAGUAUCUGGUAGUUCUUUGUGUUUCACAGGAUUUUGAUUUUUUCUACUUUGUUCAACAAUGGCCUGGAUCAUACUGUGACUCAGACAAGAAUAGUUGUUGCUACCCUACAACAGGGAAGCCUGCAGCUGAUUUUGGCAUUCAUGGGCUUUGGCCUAAUUACAAGGAUGGAUCAUACCCUCAAAAUUGUGAUCCUAACAAUCCUUUUAAUGAAUCUGAGGUUUCAGACCUCAUUAGUAGCAUGAGAAGGAAUUGGCCAUCAUUAGCUUGUCCAAGCAGCAAUGGAGAAAGCUUUUGGUCUCAUGAAUGGGUGAAACACGGUACCUGCUCCGAGUCUGUCCUUGAUCAACACAGCUACUUCGGAACAGCUCUCAGCUUAAGGCAACAAACCAAACUCCUUCAAAGUCUUAAAAGUGCAGGAAUCAAUCCAGAUGGAGGAUCUUAUAGCCUGGCGAACAUCAAAGAUGCUAUAAAACGAGGAACUGGGUACACGCCAUGGAUAGAGUGCAACCAAGACUCGUCAGGGAACAGCCAGCUUUAUCAGGUGUAUUUGUGCGUGGACAGUUCGGGGUCAAACCUCAUAGAAUGCCCUGUGUUUCCUAAUGGGAAAUGUGGGUCACAGAUUGAAUUUCCUACCUUUUAGACUCUGAUGAUAUAUAUCCAAACCAAACCAUUUGUAUUUCCUUAAUUUGCUCGUUUUACUACUAUAUCAACUUACCCUUAUCAUAUAGGGGUAGGGCCCGUGAUUACAUUGACCCCACAGAUUAAUCAUAUCUGCUUGUGCCCGUAAUGUAAUUUCAGAAAUCAGAAUUAUGCUUUAAUUCCCCAUAUAUAAUAUAUAAAAACAAAAAUAUAUUUAUCCA